AUGCAUUUGAGUUCUGGCCUUAAAGGGAGAUUUGUCUUGAAGAAGUAUAAAGAAGAUCAAGUUCAAAGCAUUAUUGCUAAUUUUGGAUCACUGGAAAUUCAUACCAGAAAAGUGGUUCAAAUUCCCACUUUGGCAAGGCAUUUCAUGAAAUGCUUGAGCAAUGAAAUACCCCCAGAUUUUGGUGCUUUGUUCCUUUACAACAAGCUUUAUUAUGGUAAGCUUGAUGAGCAGUGCAUAACCAUCGAACAGUACCUUGAUGGCGAUUUUCGUAAAUACAUCAACAACACUGGUGAAAUUAUUGUUUCUGAUGGUAGUGAUUUGUCUGAAAUGUUCUCUCAUUAUACCUAUAUCAAGUUAGGGAAGCGACUCAUGGUACUCUAUAUCCAAGGAGCUGGCUAUUCACUCUGUGAUCCUGAGAUUGCAAGUGCAGAGUUUACUGACACUGAUGACAACAUUUUCUUCUGCAAUGGCAACCUGUCACAUGGUGCGAUUUAUUCCUUUGUGUCACACCAUGUGUGGUGA